AUGGGCAGCACGUUGGAGCCCCCUGAGGGUGGGUACCUGCACCUAGGGGCUGUGGUGUCCCCCGUGGGCACAGCCCGUGCACUGCAGCUGGCCUUUGGAUGCACCACCUUCAGCUUGGUGGCCCACCGGGGUGGCUUCACAGGCGUCCAGGGCACCUUCUGCAUGGCUGCAUGGGGCUUCUGCUUUGCCCUGUCCAGUGUGGUGGUGGCCUGUGAGUUCACCCAACUCCAUAGCUGCCUGCGCCUCUCCUGGGGCAACUUCACAGCGGCCUUUGCCAUGCUGGCCACCCUCCUGUCUGCCACGGCUGCCGUCAUCUACCCACUGUACUUCACCCGGCUGGAGUGCCCACCCGAGCCUGCCGGUUGCCUGGCCAGGGACUUUCGCCUGGCAGCCAGCGUCUUUGCUGGGCUCCUUUUCCUGGCCUACGCUGUGGAGGUGGCCUUGACCCGUGCCCGGCCAGGCCAGGUGGCCAGCUACAUGGCCACAAUGUCGGGGCUCCUCAAGAUCGUCCAGGCCUUUGUGGCCUGCAUCAUCUUUGGGGCGCUGGUCCAUGACAGCCACUAUGGGCGCUACGUGGCCACCCAGUGGUGUGUGGCUGUCUACAGCCUUUGCUUCCUGGCCACAGUGGCUGUGGUGGCUCUGAGUGUGAUGGGCCACACGGGGGGCCUGGGCUGCCCCUUCGACCGUCUGGUGGUGGUGUACACCUUCCUGGCUGUGCUUCUGUACCUCAGCGCUGCGGUCAUCUGGCCUGUGUUCUGUUUCGACCCCAAGUAUGGUGAGCCCCGGCGGCCCCCCUACUGCCCCAGGGGCAGCUGCCCCUGGGACAGCCAGCUGGUGGUGGCCAUCUUCACCUACGUCAACCUGCUCCUCUACGUGGCAGACCUUGCCUACUCCCAGAGGAUCCGCUUCGUGCCUGCCCUGUAGCCAGCAGGCAGCAGCCACUACCUCUGCUCUCCGGGGGCUCGUGAAGACCAUCCAGGUGAACCAGGAGCAGGGUGGAGGCAGACCACCAGGUGGGCCGCUCCUGGACUUCGGGCCGUGCUCAGCAGCUUGGCCCAGGAAUGGCUGACAGGGGGACGGAGGGGCAGGAGGCAAGGGGAGGGGCCUCCGCUGGCCAGCUCCCAGCCCCUCUGUCUCCUCUCUGUCUGUUUCCAUCUCUCCCUUUCUCCCUCUCUCUCACUCCCUCCUUUUGUCUCUGUCUCCAUUUCUCUCUCUAUUUCCUGGCCCUCCCUGGCUCAGUGCUGGUCACUGUAGCACAUGAGAAGCCUUUGAAGCAAGGGCUGUUGUGACCCACUUUGCAGAUGGAGACACUGAGGCCAGGACUUAGGAAGCAGUGCCUGGAGACUGCGUUUGGGCUGGGGGGCCUAAGUAGAGUUGGGAAGGGGACGAUUCCCAGAGGUGUGAGAAGAGAUGGGAAAGGAGCCCAGGAAAGGGCCAGAGCCCGGCCAGCAGAGGGGUCUGGGGAGCCAGCUCCAUGGCUAGCCACGAGGGGGCAGCUCUCCCGGCGGGACCGGCUGGGGCGUCUGCGCACAAGGAGGAGGAGCCAGGAAUCAGGACCCCGCCUCUCCUGCUCUGAGCGGCCACAACUGUGGGGAGCAGGUAGGGACUGUGUUGAGACCACAUGGGGCGGCCCCUGCGGCCGGAGAUGGUGCAGGUGGCCUGCAGGGGCCCACGGACGCCUCAGCCCAAGAGCACAGCACGACGUGGAGAGCCCGGGUCCCCACCACUGACUCCGACACAAGAGCUUCUGCAGUGGCUGCCGUAGGCCCCGGGAGGCUGGCCUGGAGCAGCGCGAGAACACGGAGCCUGGGCUCUGGGCACUCCUGGCUCUUGCAGGCCCACGACCUCUGCUCAAGCAUCCUGCACCUGGCCGCUGAACACCAAGGCCUGCUGGGGCCACCACCCUCCAUACUCCAGCCUGCUUCUCUGUCUUGAGAGCCCAGCCUGGGCCAGCCAUGGGCACCCACUGGCUGCCCCUCAGCUGGCCUAGGGCUGAAGCAGGAGAUACACACGACACUGAUUCGCACCUGGCUCUGGAGAGCAGUCCCUGCCAAGGGGGUGGUGGCCAGAAUGCUCUGGGGAGAAGGGCCCAGACUGGGCCUGGGGGAGGGAGGAGGUGGCCAUGGGGGGGCCUGGGGGAUUCUGGGGGUGAGGGCAGCCGCCCAAGGAAGGGGCAGGUAGGGUCCCUUCCCUCACUGACAGUGGACAUGGGGGAACGGGGAGGGGGCAGUGAUGCUGAGCUUGCUCUUCCCUCCCCCGGGGCGCUCAGCACUCCACUGCCACAGGCUCCCUUGUGCAGAUGGGCAGCAGAGAUGAACAGCCCCGCCUGCCAGCUUGGGAGGGCACACCAACAGGGGUCUCUACCUGGAGCGGGUAGGUGCUACUGACUUCAGAUCCCUGAAGCAGGCUGGAGCCGCUGUGUCUUGGGGGCCCUGAGGGGACCCCCCCCAGCUGAGGAAGGCAGGUAUUUGGGGGUAGUUUUCCAGAUGACAAAAGAGCGUAUAGACCACACCUUUCCCAGCUCACAGGAAGGCCCCGCACGUCUUCCUUUUCUAGCCAAACUUCUGAAAUGAGUUAUCAGUCGUCAAUUCCCCAACUUGCUCACUAUCCAGCGGCCUCCUGCCCCAGCACUCCACCCACCUGAAUUCCAAAGGCCCUGAGAAGAAUACAGAGGAGGGGAGAGGACCCAGGGCUUAAGAUGCGGGCGGCAGAGGUCCUGUGGGAGGCUUGCCUGCACACAUUCCUGUUGGUGUGCAUUCACUGCCUGGACCAGAGGACUCUCUUUCUGGAAGAGGAAAUUACUUGGUGCCACUUGGAAACAGUACUCAGAUGACACACAGUGAAAGGCUGGGUUUUGUGCCUCUGUGCCUGAGUCUGGGCUACUCCCUUACAGUCCACUUUGGACACUUCCUACAGGCCCUCCCUUGAAGGGUGAGGACUAACUACCCUGACAGGUAGCAGCGCUGGGAGGCCUGCAAGUCCGUUGCCUGUUCGAUGACAACACGGUGGCAGUGGUCCCUGGGCUGAUGAGUGCUCAGCCCUGCUUCUGUGGCACAAACACCCAAGUACUGCUGGAAUCACGUUUUAGGAUAGCUUGUCAGGACUUAUGGUACAGGACUGAAAAACUCCUUCCCCUGAUUGGGGGAUGGGCUGUCAAUGACAACACUUCUUACUUUGCCCUUAACUUGGCUGACUGGGACCCCAGACUACCCGCAACCCAAAUGCACACUCAGUGCACAUGAGCCCUGAGCACAUUCUUAGGGGAAAAUGACUGGGGUCUUAUUCUCCUGAAAACCAGGGUCAAAAAAUUCCAUGGACCCUGCAGACAAGAUGUUAGGAGAAAUGAAGGUGCUCUGUGGGACCCGGAGGGUCUCUGGGAUUGCCACCAGCCCGAGCACCUGUUUGGGGAGGUUUAUGUGGUAAUAGGCCUGUGGCCCCAAGCACGAGGGAGUCCAAGAGAGACUUGCAGAGAAGAAAACCCCUGGUAGGAGGAAGGGCACCUGACCUCAGAGGGGCCUUGGCCAAGACUCCCACAUGCCUCCCAAUUUUGAGAUCCUGAGAAAGCCUGGGCACUCUCUCGUUUCCAAGCCUCCUGUACAGUAAAAAAAUGUUAAAUGACAAAAAAGAGUUUGAGAACACAGAUUUCAUUUGGCAAACUGUUUUCAACGCCGCCCCCCACGCCACCCCACCCCACCCUCCAAAAAAAGCAAGAAAAUAAGGAAGAAAAAUGGCUGGUUGGCCUCCAAACACGGUUUUGAUGGUCUAACAGGUCUGAAUUCAAAGAACUCAGGGUACGCAGUCGGGGACGCCAGCCUCACGUUUACUGUCCCGCGUAGCCCACGACAGGGUCCCGCGUGGCCAGCGCCCGCCCCGGGCCGUUCACGGAGGGCCAGGCUCCGGCCGCUCCCUACUCCAAUGCCCUCAGCCCCCACGCGCGGUGCUGGGGGCGAGCAUGCGGGGUUCACGGGUCUGGGGCUUGCAGGCCCGGGGAGGAAUAUCCCGGGGCUGCAGGUCCCGUAAACACAGAUCCGGGAUCGACCUCCCAGGCGGGCGCGGGUCCGGGGGAGGGCGGGGG